AAAUUACCUAAACUAAUAAAACCUAAAGCGAUAGGUAAUUGUUGUAGGUAUGAAUAAAAUAAUAUGUUCGAAAUCGCCGCAUUCGUAAUUGGCGGGGCGAUAACAGACCAGUACCUAAUGAUUAAUAAAAUUGAUGAAAUUGUGGUAGUAGUCGUACCAAAGAACAAACGUCGUACUCAUGGCUAAAAUAUAUAUUUAGCUAUGGUCAUACUUAUUUGACACAACUCAAGUGCUACUAUCAUAGUCCAUUGUACAUGUCUUGGUUUUAGUAUUAUUCUAUUCUGUGGUAUUAUACAUCUAAAAUCAUAUAAAUUAUUAAUAAAUGUUACACUACAUAAUUUUAUCCAAAUACAUGUUAAAAUUAUAAUAAUUAAUAAUAAUAAUAUGUAAUGUGGAAUAUUAUGAUACUUGGCCACACGAUAGCGCCACUAGACGACGCUUCACUUCCGAGGAUUUCAAUAUAGUAGUCCGUGAUAGUAGCUAAAUACCAUAAACCGAGGUGUAAUUUUUUUAUUUUCAGUUAUCACUUAUCAGUGUCCGUUGAAAAUUGAGUUUUGAAUUAAUAUUUGAAGUUUGAACGUUUCGUAUCUUGCAUCUUCUGCUUCUAGAUUUCAGUCCGCAAUUUUUCUUUUAUUUAAUUCUCUUUGAAAAUUCUUCUUAUUACUGUUUUGUGACAGUCGACAGGUUCUAACGUCAUCAAAUGCGCUAGUUAAUCAUUAUAUUGUAAAGUCUUGAUCGCAGGAUGCAGGCACUCGGCGAAUUGGAUUCGAAUUAUGAUAAUAUUAUUUUUCCGAAAUUUGAUUAAUCGCAAUUUAAGAAACUAAUAAAAUGGAUCAGGGAUUAAAUAAUUCUAAAUUUGUGAAGACUUAUGGGAAACCUAGACGCACCCAACUUAUUGGACAAAAUUCAUUGUGGAAUGAUGAUUUUGACAAAUGUUUGGGUAUUGAGGAUAUUCCACAAACAACAUUUAUUUCACCUGAAUCAGUUAGUACGGUUUCUAUCUAUAUGCCAUCUGAACAUAAAAAAAAAAAUGAAAAAAAAAAGAAUUCGAUUAGUGGAUGGUCAAUGAAAUUACAUUGUACUUUGGAUAGUCAUAAAAAUAAUUCUGGUACAAAAAAGAGGUAUACAGAACACAAUUUAGAUAGUAAAUAUAACAAGCAAAAUAUGUUGUUGAAAAGUACUCAAAAAAAGAAAAAAUUAAAUAUUACGAAUAGUUCAAAAGCAGGAGUUACACCAGUUUCAAUCAAAAAAUUAAAAACCAAACGUAUUUUACCCCAAGAACAAUGUUCUACACCAUUACAAAAAUCUAUGAUGUUAGCCUAUGGUAACAAAUUCAAUAGUAUUUCUUCAAAGAAAAGAAAAAAAAUUAAAUCAAAGAGAAAUCUGGUACAUGCUGUUAAUACUCUUAAUUCUUCAGAACUUUUCUUGAAUCAAGAAAAUUCACGUGUAAAUAGUUCUAAUAUUUUAAUGAACAUAAAUGAUGAAUAUAACAACCCGUUUGAUCAGUCUGUUCAAAUAUCUAGUUGGAAAUAUCCAUCAUUAAACAAAUAUUCACAAAAUAGUAUAUCUAACAACCAGCUUUUAAACAAUUCUAGCAGUUUGUUUAAAAUUAAAAAAAAAAAAAAUCCUUCUCCAAAAGAAGAAAAUUCAAAUUGGUAUCAUAAAGUAAUGAAUAUUUUUGGUGAUGAAGAAACUAUUACUUUAGAAAAAUCAAGAAAUCAAGAUACUUUAAUUUUAGAGGAACACAUAGAGAGUAGUAGUGAUUUAGAACCAGUUUUAACAUAUGAAACUAAACAACUGAAGCCAUUAGAACAACAGAAGCAAUCAUUACCAUUAUCCGAUUUAAAUAACAUAUCAUUUAAAUCUUUAAAACAUUUCAAUAAGAGUUCAUCUGGAAAAGAAAAUCGUAGUGUUUUGUCUUUAAAUCGUUCUAAACCAUAUGCAAAGAAUAGCAUUAUAACUAUUGACAAUAUAAAGGACAGAACUAUCGAGGAGUCUCAACAAAAUCAAUCAUAUGUGUUAUGUGAUAAAUAUGUGUCUAAACACUCUGAAUCUGUAAAUGAUUUGUGUGAAUCAUAUAGUGUGCUUGAUGAAAGUAAAGAAAAUGAGAACUGUAGGUUACCAAAUGUUGAUGAUGUAUCUGUAAAUAGUUUAAAUGAUAAACCUUCCAUCAAUAAACCCAAAAAUGAAGAUGAUAAAUUAUUUCAACUAAAUCAAUAUGAAACACCAUCUUCAUGUAUGAAUACAACCCCCAUAGUACAGAAUAAGGUAAAAUCAAUUUUGAAUAAUUCAUACAGUUUAAGCCAGGACUAUUCAAAAAUGUCAUCUGCAGACCCCCUUGAUUUUAGAUUGUUAGAAGUAUUUGACAGAAUAGACAAUAAUAAGCAUAGUUCAUACCCUCAAAAUAAUAAAACUUCAUUAAUAUCAUUUAAUGAGAACAUUGGACAUCCAUCUGAUGAUUAUCAAAUUGUAUGUUGUUCACCAAAUUCUGAAUCUCAGGAAUUAUUAGAUGUUACAAGCAAGUUUUCAGAUAUUAUAAUUGAUACAAUUGAGCAGUACGAUAAAUCUAUUAAAGAGGAAAAUUUAUCUGAAGAAUUUGAUCAUACAAUAUGUAUGUCUCAUGAUACAUCAAACCACAAACAUGAUAUAUCAAAUAAUUCUUCUUCUAUUUUGCAAAGUUCAUCUAGUUUGGAACAAGAUACUGUUAUUUAUAAACAAAAUUGUACAGAUGUGGUUUGUAAUAAAGAGAAUGCUGAUAAUGAUUUAUUAUUGAAUGACAAUAGUAUUGAAUUGAAAACAUCCAGUGUAUGUUAUUCUAAAGAAGAUAUUUCAAAAUAUAAUGACGAGUUAUGUAGGCAUACAAAUUUAUCCAAUAACAAAUGUAUUGAUUCAGAAAAAACCGAUACUAAAAAUCAGAUAAAUAUUUCUAAUAGUGUAUCAAAUGACUUAUUAGAAAACAAUGAAUCAAAUUUGUCUGUCAUUAUGCCGCGGCGGAGAUAUGCUACUCGGUUUCAAAAUUUGGAUACUAUUGUAGAAUCCACUCAAUUAGAGACCAUUUUGCCAGAACAAAAUACAACAGUUUUUCAUUUAGAACCUGGUAAAAAGUGGCGCCGUUCUAUUUCCAUUGUUCGAAGUUUUAUGGAUAGAAAUAUGGACCAAUCUAUAAAUUUAACCAAAGGUCGAAAAUGGGCUAAUACAGUCGAUGACAUAUUACGACAACAAUACAUAAAUACUAGUAUUCAUCAAAAUUUAGAUCAAAGCAAUGUUUUAAAAAAUUCAAUGAGCAGUACCAAUCAAAACUUGCAUAAAACUUCUGUUGAUCUUGAAAAUCAAAAAGCCAAAAAUUAUAUUUUCGAAGCGUGCAAUCAACAAGAAUUAAUAUCUUUUGAAUCGUGGUUAAAUCCAAAGUGUUCAAAUAAGUGGAAAAAAGUUGGAGAAGGUGUAUAUGGUGAAGUAUUUAGUUAUUCAAAUGGAUAUCGAUGUACUAUUGUCAAAAUCAUUCCUGUAGAAGGUGAAGUGAAUAUUAAUGGCGAGGAACAGAAGAAAAUGUUUGAAGUCUACAGUGAAAUUGUAAUAGCUGUAGAGUUGAAUAAGUUGUGGAAUAAAAGUAAUUUGAAUCAAACCAGUUCAUUUUGUAAACUCAAGCGUGUUUCUUGUGUUCAAGGAAAAUAUCCUAAUAGUUUGAUUAAUCAUUGGCAACAAUAUGAUAAUGAUAAAGGUUCUGAUAAUGAUAAUCCUAACAUAUUGCCAAAGGAUCAAAUUUUCAUGAUUUUGGAAAUGGAAAAUGGUGGUAUUGAUGUAGAAAAUUUUAUUUUCAACUCUGCAGAUCAAUCAUUAUUUGCAUUUCUACAGAUUGUUUUUGGGUUAGCUGUAGCGGAGGAAGUAUACAAGUUUGAACACCGUGAUUUACACAUUGGUAACAUUUUAAUAAAAAAAUGUUCAAACAAGAAUAUAUCUUACAAAUUGGAUGGGGAAUAUUACAAUGUACCGUCACGGGGAAUUAAGAUAACAAUAAUUGAUUUUACCUUAAGUAGAAUGACAUACAAUUCUAAACAUGUAUACAAUGAUCUUGCUAAAGAUACAGAAUUAUUUACUUCGGUUGGUGACUAUCAAUUUGAUAUUUAUCGUAUGAUGAGAAAAGAAACUAAUGAUCGAUGGGAAUCUUUCAAACCAGCUACAAACAUAUAUUGGCUGCAUUAUGUGUUAGAUAAAAUGCUUUUAUCAGUAUUUUAUAAAAAGACUGACACAGUUCUACAUAAUAACGGCCUUUCAAAACUGGAACAGUUGAAAGAUGUAAUAUUAUCUUUUAAUAGUGCCAAAAGUUUUGCUGAAAGUGAUUUAAUAUUGAAUUUAAUAAGGCAUAAAAAGCAAUGAACAUAUUUUGCUUACUUGGCAAUAUGACAUAAUUUGUUGAAUCGUUGAAGUACAAAUACUUCUGGUUUCUUCUUAUUUAAUUGAGAGUUUUGGAAUUUCAAGUGCCACAAACUUUGUCCUAGUUAAACAGCAGUCCAGACAAGAUAAUAGCAAUAUUGGAAAUUGCAACAUCUUUCAAGUGGAAUUAGGUUCAGACUAGACACAUUGGAAGACAGUCAACUGUACUAAUGUAGUAUGGAAUUAAUAUUGUUAUUCAAAUUAUUUAUUUUUCGUUUUAUAGUUCAAUAAUAUCAGUUUGAAAUAUUAUAAAAUUUUAUUAUAUUCAUUGAUUUAUAUUAAUAAUUAUUUAUGGCAAGAUAUUUUUACUUAAUUGAUAUUAAUUAUUAUUUUAUUUUUUAAAUUAUUUUGUGUUAUCUCCUAUUUUUUUUUAACUGAAUACUACCAAAGAAAAAUAAAAAAGUAUAAAUUUGUCGUAUAAUAUAUUUUUUAAUUUGUAA